AUGAUGCAAGAUAUCAAGGACGAAAAAGCUGAGCACGUUACCCAAUCCGUGGAGGAAUACGUCUUUAAGGAGGAUGAUAAUGCAUCCCAACACCAAAACGAAUUUGGUCAUGGCAACGGUAGCUGGUCUACUGCCUAUUUCAAUGUCGUUUGUGUUGUCGCUGGUACCGGUACUCUUGGUUUACCAAAAGCAUUUGCCACUGGUGGUUGGCUUGGUAUCCUGAUUUUGUUCCUUGCAUGGGCCAUGUCCGUUUACAGUGGUAUCGUUCUUAUCGAAUGCUUGUACCACAAGCCUGGUGAACGUUUACAUGACUUUAAGCAAAUCGGAAAAGCUGCCUAUGGUUGGGUUGGCUAUGGCAUCACUGCUCUCCUUCAUUUCCUUAAUCUUUUUGGAUGCCCUGCUUUAUACCUUGUUCUUGCAUCGGAAAACAUGCAUCAGAUGUUGGCUGGCACUACGGGUGCCUUGACGCAACCAAUUUGGGUCAUUAUUUGGGGUUGUUUUCUUUUGAUCCCCUUGAUUUUGUUCCGCACGCUCAAGGAAAUCACCGUCAUUGCAGCUAUUGGCGCCAUUUGCACAAUGAUGGCUGUCUUUGUUGUGGUGAUUCAAGGCCCUAUGUAUCACAAUGCCCAUCCUGAGAUUGAGGUGACGCACGAUGGCGUGAUCUGGACCGGUUUUCCAUCCGCUCUUUCAACAAUUGCUUUCUCCUUUGGCGGUAACAACACCUAUCCUCACGCUGAACAUGCUCUUAAAAAGCCCAAGCAAUGGAGAUGGGCUGUCACUGCUGGUCUUACUACUUGUACCGCUCUCUACAUCUUGACAGCUGUUCCUGGUUACUGGAGCUUUGGCAGUGCUGUAAAGUCUCCUGUGUACGAUUCGCUUCCUGAAGGUGCUGGCAAGUUGUUGUCAAUGAUCGUCAUGACCAUUCACGUGAUUUUCGCCAUCCCCAUUUACGCAUGUUCCUUUGCCUUGGAGUUUGAACGCUUUUGCCGUAUUGAUGAAACACGUAUCGGCAAGAUCUUUGCAUUCUUGGGUCGUGCUGCUGUACGUUCCGUCACUAUCGUCAUUCUCUGUAUCCUCGCUAUUUUCAUCCCUUACUUUGAUGCUUUCAUGAGCUUGAUCGGUGCAUUGUGCAACUGUGGUCUCGUCUUCCUUAUCCCUGUGCUUUGCCAUUUGCGUCUCUUUGGUAUCCGCAAGCGUCCCAUCUAUGAGCUUGCCUUUGUGGCACUCACUCUUCUUCUUGGUGUUGUCGGUUGUGUCUUUGGUUCUAUUGAUGCCGUCAAGGACCUCAUCUCGAAAUUCAAUGAAGACCACCAGUAA